AUGAGCUUUAACUCACUCUUCGACGCCACAUCAUACUUUGAAACCGUGUCGGAAGUUAGCGAGAGUUGGGACCUGGUCAAGAACACCCCCAACCACUCGGAGAUCCUGGGUACGCAUUUAUUCAGAAGAAUGUAUGAAACGGCACCCAACGAUGUCAUAUGGAAGGCCUACUCCUUUUCUAGAGAGGACGUAGAAGAGAAAAGCGAGAAGUUUCUCGUCUUUGCCAAACGCUUUACUCGCAUGCUCGACGUCGCAGUUAGCAUGCUAGGUCCCGACCUUGACACUCUUCAGGAGGCCAUGUAUGAUCUGGGUGCGAUGCACGAGCGUUACGAAGUGAUGCCCCAUCACUACGAUCUGAUGGGCGAGGCAUUGGUGUACGCAUUGGAGCAUGUUUUGGAGCCGCACCAUUAUACCCCGGCAACCAAGAAAGCCUGGAAGGAACUCUACGCUUUCAUGGCAGAAAAUAUGAUGGAGGGAGCUUCGGACUUGUGGUGACAACAACGCGACACCACCCAGUACGACGUUUGCCUCGACAGAUUGCAUAGAUUGUUCAUAAAGAAGUAGCUUUUCAUAGAGAUAUAUAUCGCUCAUGCAUUCGAGUCG